CUCCACGUGCUCGCCGCGUACACCGUACAUUGCCGAUGUAACCCGUCCUAACUUCUCUCUUUUCCAUCCCGCCGUCAUCGUCAUGCGAAUCGAGAGAUAUCGAGAGGGUCGGAUUGAGUGGGAUUUGCCGUCGUCAAGCUCGCACGCACCAGAUGGGCUCGCGUUGACAGCUGAAACCUCAAACCCUGCCCCGGCCACGCGCAACCAACCGGCACCCGUUUAUUCCUACCCGCCUACCCCCCGCGAAAUAGUAGCAGGGCUUUUUGGUCAUGUCGCAAAGCACGGCCGCUGUCGCCGGCGGCCGCACGAGCAGAUCAUCACCGACCCUCCAUUUCGUCGCCGGUCUCGGCUCGGGCACGCUCGGCGCCGUGAUCCUGCAGCCGUUCGACCUCCUCAAGACGCGCGUCCAGCAGUCGGGCUCGCGCUCCGUCCGCGCUGCCGCGCGCGACGUCGCCCGGUCGUCGCCCAACGCGCUCGCCGCCUUCUGGCGCGGCACCGUCCCCUCGGCCGUGCGCACCGGCGUCGGCUCCGCCGUCUACUUCACCACCCUCAACGUCAUGCGGCAGUACGCGGCGUCGCUGCCCUUCGCCGCCCGGCCCCGGGCCGCGUCUCCCUCCUCCGCCUCCUCCUCGUCCCUGCCCAGGCUCUCCGACACCGCCAACCUCGUGACCGGGGCCGUCUCCCGCGCCUUCGCCGGCUUCGUCCUGAUGCCCCUGACCGUCAUCAAGGUCCGCUACGAGUCCGACCUGUACUCGUACAAGUCUAUCGCCGGCGCCGCAAGGGACAUAUACAGGUCCGAGCGCCUCCCGGGGUUCUUCGCCGGGUACGGCGCCACCGCCGUCCGGGACGCCCCCUACGCCGGACUCUACGUGGUCUCGUACGAGCAAAUCAAGAAACGUCUCAGCUCUUGGUACAUCCCUGCCUCCCCUGCCGCCCACGGCCCAUCCGACCCGGGCGUGCGCACCUCGCUAUCCGCCACUAUAAACUUCAGCUCCGGCGCCCUCGCUGGCGCAACGUGUUCCUUCAUAUCCAAUCCGUUCGACGCCGUCAAGACGCGCAUACAAUUGCAGCCGCGCGACUACCCCGACAUGGUCCGAGCCUGUCGCAAGAUGGUCACGGAGGAGGGGAUACGGUCCCUCUAUGACGGGCUGGCUCUGCGCAUGACGCGCAAGGCGAUGAGUUCGGCCUUGGCGUGGAUGUUAUACGAGGAACUCAUCCGACGAGCAGAGACGGUGUUGCAUUGAGCCAAUACGAAAGGAAAAGAACCUCUCGUUGCAAAGCAUUCCCUCGGGGGCGGAAAAGGCUUACAAUUUGGGAGCCGACCUCGCCAAUAUAUGCCUUUGUUUUGGCUUCCCCUUAUUUGUCCGAGAGCAUGAGGGAAAGGCGUCAGGGGUUGGGGGCUUGGGGUUUAGGGAGGGAAAGGGAAGAAAUAAUCAGGACAAAAGCAAAGGUAUCUUUGCGUAGCAGCCGUGUACGCGCACCCUAGAAAUCACCACACAAUUGCCGGCUACGCCGGCCUCGCUCCAGCUAGAUACAUCAACAGCG